UCAGUGUUCAGUACGCAGCCCUGCGCUGAGGAUAUCGGAGAAACUCGCAGUCGUUCACGCUGCAUUCAGCCUUUCUAUCAUCAGACUGACCGCUGCGUGACGGACGCACGCCAUUCAAAUCAACAUCACCGGGGCUCGCGCGGUCUUUAUUGGUUACUGGUGCGGCGCCGCGUUUAAUGGAUUAAAAUGUGAAUCUAUGAGUUACUUUGCAGCAAAAGGCUGAUAUCUGACUGACAUCAUUCACCAGGCAGCUCUGGAACAGGUUUUUAAAGAUGGAGUUCUGGGUUUUGCCAGUAUGUCGGAUCAGCUUGAUGUUGACACUGAUGUCAUCCACUGGUCGGGGAGUUGCGAGCCAGACGCAGAGUGCUUACUUCCUCCCUGAAUUUGCACUUUCUCCACAAGGAAGCUUUCUGGAAGACACAACAGGAGAGCAGUAUCUCACCUACCGCUAUGAUGACCAGUCCUCAAGAACGACCCGCUCGGAUGAGGAGAGGGACACUGGUUGGGACGCCUGGGGUGCGUGGAGUGACUGUUCUCGCACCUGUGGAGGCGGAGCCUCAUAUUCUCUACGCAGGUGUCUCAAUGGAGGGAACUGUGAGGGCAGGAACAUCCGCUACAGAACAUGCAGCAAUACAGACUGUCCUCCAGAGUCAGGUGACUUCAGGGCUCAACAAUGCUCCGCCCACAAUGAUAUCAAGUACCAAGGACAAACCUAUGAGUGGAUACCUGUGACCUACGACCCUGUUUCACCCUGUGCCCUCCGAUGUCAAGCCCGGGGGAAAAGCCUGGUGGUGGAACUGGCGCCCAAAGUGUUGGACGGCACUCGGUGCAAAGCAGAUUCUCUGGAUAUGUGCAUCAGUGGGAUUUGUCAGGAAGUUGGCUGUGACAGACAACUGGGAAGCAAUGCUAAAGAGGACAACUGUGGCGUGUGCGCUGGAGAUGGUUCCACUUGUCGACUGGUCCGAGGCCAGGCUCUGCCUCACGUGUCACCUGAAGAACCCGUAAAAACGGUGAUUGAAGUGCCGAUGGGUAGCAGAGGCCUCAGAAUCACAGCCAAGGGACCAGACAUGAUUGUGAUUGAAGCUCAUGCACCAAACAGCAGGAGAGAAGAGGUGGUGUUCAGCUCUUCAGGUUCUCACGCUCUGGGUAACAACACGGUGGAGUACCAGAGAGGAGCAGACAGACAGACCCUCCGUUGCUACGGACCGCUGUCUGCAGACUUCACUAUAAAGGUGAAGUACGCCGGCCCUAAAGACACAGUGAUGCAGUUCUUGUUUUACCAGCCCAUCCGCUACCAGUGGAGGGAAACUGACUUCUUCCCCUGCUCCGUCACCUGUGGAGGGGGUUAUCAGCUGAAUUCGGCUGAUUGCAUGGACAUUCGUUACAACAAAUCAGUUGCGGAGCACCUUUGCCACAGCUUCCCAGAGAACACCAAACCCACACCCAAACUCAAGGAGUGCAACAUGGAUCCCUGCCUCGAAAGUGAUGGCUUCAAGGAAGUGAUGCCCUACGACCAGUACCAGCCUCUACCACGGUGGGAGCAGAACCCGUGGACGUCGUGUUCGGUGUCGUGUGGAGGAGGCUCUCAGGAGAGAAGCGUGUGUGUCGAGGAGGACAUCCACGGGCAGAUCGUGCAGGUGGAGGAGUGGAAGUGCACACACUCCCCUCGACCAAUCAGCAAACAGAGCUGCAACACCUUUGAGUGUCCGCAGUGGAUGGCCAUGGAGUGGUCUCAGUGCACGGUCACCUGCGGCCCAGGUUUGCGGUACAGAGUGGUGCUGUGUGUGGAUCACAGUGGACAACAUACUGGCGGCUGCAAUCCUCACCUCAAACCCCAUAUCAAAGAGGACUGCCUUGUCCCCGUCGCCUGCCACAAACCACGAGAGAGCCAACCUGUUGAAGCCAAGCUGCCCUGGUUGAAACAGGCUCAAGAGCUGGAAGAAACCAAAGUAGCCUUGGAAGAUCCAACGUUCAUCCCAGGUCCGUGGUCGUCCUGCAGUGUGUCUUGUGGUCUGGGCGUUCAAAGGCGUCAGGUGAAAUGUAAAGUGCUGCUGUCUUUCACUCAAGCUGAAGUCGAACUACCUGAUGAAGAGUGUGUCAAGGACAAGCCUUCCUUACAAAGGACCUGUGAUUCAGGCCCCUGUUUAGCAUCUCCAGACUCAUCCUGGAGGCCACUGAGGGCCCAUGAGAUCCCUGAUCAGCACGGCUAUGUUUGGGAAAACAUGGGCUUCACUCCCUGCUCUGCUUCAUGUGCUGUUGGCAAACAGAUGGCUGUUGUCAGGUGUGUGAGCACCUUGAAGAAGGAAAUUGUUGAUGACACACUCUGCAACGGCUCCAAAGCACCGCUCGCCUCGCUUCGCAUCUGUAACCCUCAGCCAUGUCCUCCGAGAUGGGAGGUGAGCGUGUGGAACCCGUGUUCUGUGUCGUGUGGCGUGGGGCUGCAGACGCGCAGUGUGUCCUGCGUGAGGUCUGUGGCGGGAAACCGCACUGAAUCUGUGUCCAGCGUACAGUGCGUGGAGAGAAGACCUCCAGAACUGCAGGCCUGCAACCAGGUGGCCUGUCCACUGGCCUGGGAGGCUGAGGAGUGGCAGCAGUGCUCUCAUUCGUGUGGCAGAGGCACUCAGUGGCGUAAGGUUUACUGUAAACAGAGACUGGCUACGGGAAGCUACCGCAGGCUGAGCGACGAGGAGUGCGCUGGAACCAAACCCGACGUCCACAGGAUUUGCAUCAACCCUGACUGUCUGCUGCCGCGUCUGGAAGGAGGAGAGUGGUCAAAGUGUUCUGUGACGUGUGGAAAAGGCGUUCAGCGGAGGGAACCCGUGUGUAGGAGACAGACGGCCUCCGGUCAGCUGGUCACUCUGGACAGGUCGGCCUGCAGUGACCUUCCUCUUCCUCCCCUGAUCAGGAGCUGCCGUAUGAGCCCAUGCAGCAAGCACAAGCACUCCAAAAAACGCUGCCCUCAGGUCAUGGGUCUGAAACGCAUCUACAUCCAGACCAGACAAGAAAAACGCCUCAGUUUUACCAUCGGAGGACGAGCCUACCUUCUUCCCAAGACAUCCGUCGUUAUCAAAUGUCCCGUUCGGCAUUUCCCUAAAGCUCAGGUCCGCUGGGAGAAGGAUGGGAGUGAUCUGACCAGCUCCAAACGUCUGAGCAUCACCAGAUCUGGUGCUUUGAGGAUCUACAACCUGGAGGCUGAAGAUAUCGGACUGUACCGCUGCUGGGCCAACCAAGAUUCGGACAUCUUCAUCCUGAAGCUGAUCGGAUACAAUAAUAGGCUCCUGGAGCAUCCUGAAGGAAAGAGUUUGGGAAGUAGGAACUUUCAUCCAUACCUCAAUAAAGAAGGAGGUUAUGUUGGUUCAAAGUGCCAUGAGGGGUUUCCACCUGGAAAGAAGGCUUCAAAAUCUCUCCCAAGCUGGAUGCAAAAAAACGAGUUCUACCGAGACGACGAUGGCCAGCCUAAGGAACUCUGGGAUACUCUUGCUUUAGGAAACUAUGCUUUGGCUUCAGCCGCCAGGAGCCACGCGGGAGCCUUUGUCCUUGAUCCUGCACAGUUUGAGGAGCUCGUGAAGAACAUCAGUCAGCUGGCCGAGAGCGGAGAUGUGACAGAUGAAAUGGCGUUGCACCUGAUUGGCAAACUUAUGGAGGAUUUGGCUGCCGCGGGGCAAGGGGCACCUACCGAGGAAAGCACUACGACGGGCAAUCAUUUAGAUAAGACGCCAAACACUUCUGAACUUUCUGAGGGGAAGACGCCGAAAAAAGGCAGUCGAGCGGUUAUCGUUCGACAAAAGCAUCACGGAUCUGCCAUGAGCUUCCAGAGGGAUCUACGCAUCCAUGUGGGCAGGACCGCUUACCUAACCAGUGCUACCCACAGCCUCACGCUGAUGUGUCCCGCUCAGGGAUUUCCACCUCCAAACCUCUCCUGGAGCAAAGAUGGAGCUCCGCUUCAGAACGGCGACAGGGUAUCGUGGGACAGCGAUGGAGAAGUACACAUCCUCAGCCCCGGCGCCAGUGAUGUGGGAAUCUACAGAUGCACCGCCACCAAUGACUUGGGCUCUGAUUCAGAGACAACACUAGUUCUGCUGGCUGAAACUCCCAUGAUCGCUGCCUCGCGGAGAAACACGUCAGAUCUGAAGAGCAGCAGUCUGAAGGUGGUGGUUGGAGGGGUUAUCAGUGUCCGUUUGGGUGCCAACCUCACCCUCGAGUGCCCCGUCAAAGGUGUCCCGCGGCCAACGCUGAGCUGGCACCGCAAGGAGGGUCCGCUGGGCGCCAGCGCUAGUCCUCUCCCGGACGGAUCUCUGCUCCUGAGAAACCUCACACCGCCAGACUACGGCACCUACUCCUGCGUGGCUGCCAACAGCAUUGGAAAGUCGGUGGCCUCCAGCCUGCUGCGUGUGGCGGGAGGAGCUGUGGGUGAAUCUGAGCCUUCAAAGGAGAUGAACAGGAAGAGGGUUCUGAUGGCCUCUGUGAUCGGCACCAGCGUCACAGUCAAACCUGGAGACACCUUGAGGAUAGGUUGCCCGGUGGUCCCCAGUCACAGGAAGCCCAUCAAGUGGUCGUAUCAGAACCAGACCCUGAAGCAGAGUCCAGGCGUGAGCUACCGCAUGCUGGUGGGGGGACGAAUUCUGGAGAUGAACACGCACGGAGGGACAUUUGAGGGACGCUACGAGUGCCAAACACAAACCAACAACCAACAGCGUCUCACAGCUUGGAUUCAUGUGCUUGCACAAGAGUUUGAGUGGCGUUUGGACGAGUGGAGCACAUGCAGCACUUCCUGUGGUAACAGAGGGACUCAGAUGAGGAAGGUACGAUGUCUGACGUCAGAGGGCCAAGAGAUGCCUCAUUCAAUCUGUCAUCAUCUUCCCAAACCGAUCAGUCAACCACAGCUGUGCAACCUCCUGGACUGCCCUCCCAGUUGGGUGUCAACAGUGUGGUCCAGAUGCUCCAGUUCCUGUGGGCGGGGCUUCAGAGAGAGGCGGGUCUCCUGUCAGCAGGUGGAGGCCUCGGGGAGCGUGAGGGUUUUGUCCAGCUCAGCAUGUGAAGGAUCUCGUCGGCCUGAAGACAGGGAAGAGUGCAGCUCACACGCGUGUGUGGAGUGGCUCACCGGCCCCUGGGGCAAGUGCACAGGUCGAUGUCUGGGGCCUGCGGUGGCCACGCAGAGCAGAAGCGUCUCAUGCAGACACUUCAGCAACACCACGUCCAAAACCUGUGACCCAAAAGAAAGGCCGUCAUCCGUGAGGAACUGCUCGUCUGAGAUGUGUGAUGUGCACUGGAAGGUGUUCCCGUGGAGGACGUGUACAGCGGCGUGUGGCAGCGGCUUCCAGUCCCGUCGAGUGGAAUGCAUCCAUCGGCAGAACAAGAAAACCCUCCCUGACCAGCACUGUGCCUGGCAACGGCGGCCUUCUACCUGGCAACACUGCAACAUCACUUCCUGUGGCAUUGAGUGUAAGGACAGAACCCACUACUGUCCUGUGGUGAAACAGCUCAAGCUUUGCCCCGUGGAUCUGUACCGGCAACGCUGCUGCCAGACCUGCGCACAGGACACCAGCGCCACCUAGUGACCGCCAGAGGCACAAGAGCCCAAACCAACAGACGCACUGAUUGUCUCUCCUAAUACAGAAUAUUGUUAAAUCGUACAAACAAAAAGGACACCUGGAGUGUAUGGACUAAAAGAUAUCUGGACUACACUUCACUGGAUGCUUUCCCACAAUCAUCAGAAGUCCAAAGAGAAAAUCACUUGAUGAGAUUUGAAACUUCUCUCUUCACCAGCUUUCUCUGCAGAUCUCAUUUUAUCUUGCCCUGAAAGUGAUAUUAUAUGUGUAUUAAUUUAAGAUUUUUACUUGUGAAUAUGAGAGGACAAAUCUUAUCGGACCAUUCACCAAUGUGAAGGAAAUAUAAAGGCCUCUUGGGUGUACAUGAUGCACUGAUACCAAUAAUAUCAGUAGUACACAGCUUGGAGUAUUAAGAGAGACAUUAUCAAAUGUUUUUUUUUUUUUCCUACCUUGAAGUCAACAUGAAAUGCUGUCACAACCCAUUUUACUUCUCUAAUCUGAUUACUAACAGGCAAAUAGGAUAUUCAACAAGAAAAAAAAAAAUUAGGAAUUAGGGAAAAAUUUAUUAGGAUUUGAUUGGCUCGUGAAUGGAGUCAGGUGGUCAGAGGGGCGGAGUUAGAGGAGUAAGAAGGAUUUGUGAUGCCAGCCAAAAAGGGAAAUCAUUUCAGAGGGAAGCAAGUUUUAUGGAAGUUUAUUUCCACCACAGAAUGAAAAAUAAAAACAGUAAUUCUGACUUUUUUUUUUCAAAUAUCAAAUCUGAGUAUAUAUCUCACAAUUCUGACAUUUUUCUUGCAAUUCUUAGGUAAAAGUCAGAAUUGCGAAGUAUUAACUAGUAAUUCUAAGAAGAAAAGUCUGAAUUGUGAAAUAUAACUUCACAAUUGUGAGAAAAAAGUCAGAAUUUGGAAUAUUGUGUCUACCAAGGAAUAAUAAUAAAAAAGGUAAUUACAACUCACAAUUUGGACCUUUUUUUUCUUUCUUCUCAGAAUAGCAAGUUAUAAACUCACAAUAAGAGUUUUCUUUUCAAAAUUGGAAGUUUAUAUCUCAUAAUUCUAAGUUUAUAUCACAAAAAAGUUCCGAAUUGUGAGAUAAAAAGUCCCAAUGAACUUUUUAUUUUUUAUUCUUUGGUAGAAGUGAGCUAAAGUUAUUAUAUUUUGAUAAACAUUACAAAGACAAACACAGUAGCAUGUUUUAAGUAAGUAAAAAGGUUCCAUUUUGUUUUCAUGUUGACUCUAAUAUUAAAUAAUGAUGUUUUAAUAUGGACGUAGAAUGUAUGACAGAAAACCCGUGUUGACUGAUUGAAAUGGCAUGUGCCAUAAAAGUCACAUUUCUCCAGCCGUCUUUUAGAUGUAUGUUUUGUGUUCAACCAAUGUGCUGCAUUGUAAAAUAUGUCUUGUAUAUAAUGUGUUUUUAAGUGCAAUAUUGUACAUUGAGUGUAGAAAGUUUGGAUUUUAUUUUCUUACUUGGUUUAGUUUGUCUUUAUAAUCCAUAUUUAAGAUUAAACUCAACACAGACCUACGUACUUAUAGCACUUGAAGUGAAUUAUCCAUAUCUCUAAUAUAAUGGUUUCCUACUGGCCUUUAUGCAUGCAUUUAAGUACAUCAACAAAUGUUGUACAUAAGCCACUCACCGAAUUUAUCCAUGAAUUUAAUCCAUUGCAUUUUAUUGCUACAGUAUGUGGAGAAAGUGCCGCUACAUGACUCGGUUAAGGAAGUGCCAGUUUUGGUCCUGUACAUGUCAAUAUUGCAAACAGUCUAUGUGAUACAAAAACAAUAAAUACAGUUUUACCAAUCA